UCAUCUUCUCAUUUCCAUCCGCGAGAGAAGCAGAGAAUCAGAGAGCGUACAGGGGAGCUGGGGAGAAUUUCCAAAGCUCGAAUCUUGAGCCCUAGUGAUCCAAAAAUCCCGUAAGUAAUGCCUAAUUCAUCCAUGCAUCAUGAUUUAUCAAUUUAGAGCUUUAAAAGGAGUUUUUGGAUCAGGAAUUUCUUGAAUUCCCGAUAAGCCAAAUUAGGAUUUCGGAGUAUCCGGAAGCCGGAUUGAGCCCAAAUUUCAUAUACGAGCUUCCUGCAGCGAGGUAAUCAACCCUCUAGUUCUAAUCCCUGAAUUUAGGCUAUUAUUUCGGUCAGAUCCGGAAUCGCUGAAUUUAGCUCCGGCCAGGGUUUGAUGUGUUUUUAUCAAGAAUUUCACCCAGAGCCUAGAACUAAUAUUGACAGGGAUACUGCAGGGGAUAUUAGGACGGUCUCGGAUUUUAAUUCGGGGUUCGUUCUUAAAAUUGACAUUUUAGUACGGGAAGGUUAAACCGGUGUUUGAACGACCAGAACUGGUGAGGGAUUAGCACGGCAUACCGGGUUUGUCGUAUCACGAUAAUUAUAUUGAUGCUUAGAAUUGAUCUAGGUGAACUAGAAUGGCAUGAUUAGGGGUGUAUGGACUUUUAUGCUAUAUGAUGAAUCAUGGAUUGUUGUAUGAUAUUAUUGACUUGCCCUAGCCGAUAUAGACCUUGUUUAUGUUGAUGAUUGCUUACAUGUUGCCAUUUGUGGCUUAACCGUUGAUAUGACUUCAUGGCUGUUCGAUCAGGUGUUUUGACAUGAUGUGAUAUUGUGGUUGUUUUUGGAUUCACAAGUGGGGGAAAUAAACUUCCCAGGGCGAUAUUAUGAUGUUUAAGGAGGAUGACUUACACGAGGGUUUAUCCCGAGGAAGUGCAAUUAUACGACUCGUGAUUUACCUAUGUUGAGCCAAUUAUGGCCAGGUCAAGUACAUGUGCAAGUAAUGAAUUAUGAUUAAGCAAGAUGAGAUAUGAAUCAUGUAUAAUGAUACCAAAUAUGAGUGUUGUGGUCUCAUGGUCAACUACAUAGUAAUUAUGGCUCCCUAUGCUAUUACUCUAUUAUGAUAUGUAUGAUAGUCACACCUCUCAUAUGGUGGUGACUGAAGAACUUUUACGAGAUAUGACCACACCCAGAGCGGUGUCGGGGUAUGACUACACCCAUAGUGGUGUGGGGUAUGUAUGACUACAUCCGACGGGAUGUGGGGUAUGUUUCCCGGGAGAGUUAUUAGCAUGGGAGUAGCCAGGCGCCUAUGAGUAAAACAUGAUAAGAUGCAUAUGCAUAAGCCAAGGUGGUUGAGUCUUUUGCCUAUUGGGAUGUCGGAGGGCUGAGAUCUAAUCCCAGUGCUUUGGCUUGUUUGCUAGAUGUAUGGUAGGGGUAUGCUCUGUUAUGAACUCACGAUGCUAUGAUUAUCUCACUCAGCUAUGAGCUGACCCUCUUUAUCCUUUUUCUCUGAUUAUGCCAUGUGUAAGCAGAUCAUCAUCAUCAGCAGCAGUAGAUAGGUGUAUAGGUGGGAGCUGAGAAAGAGUUGAAGGCAAGAUGAGGUAUGGUCUUCAACCAUUCUGUGCUUGGACUACUACUCGGGAUUUUGGCCAGUGAUCCACACCUUUUUGUAAAAGAAUGUUUUGAGAAUGUUUUUCAUGUGCAUACUAGCUUCUGAUGUAGUGUUAGAUAUCCACAGGUGUGGCAAGUUAAUGAUAUGUGUAUAUUUAUGUGGUUGUGUAAGUUAUGACGAUUAUGGCUUGUAUCAGUAUGGUAUGCAGUUGUGUAGUAUGAAAGUGUGACUAUGGCUAAGAAAAGCCAAUGCAUAUGUUUGUGUUGAAUUAUUUUGCAGGAUAAGUUGCAAGAACUGUUAGCCCAUUACGCGAGUAAUUCAUGACGAAAUUUUAUUUGGGUAAAUUUUGAUAAUUAAUGUAACACCCGAGAUUAAUUCCGCUGCAAUUGUAUGAACAAUAUGAUUAGGCAAAACGUAUAGGGUAGGGUGUUACAUUGCUCGGCCUGUGAUGACGUGGCUCGAAUUCCGAGAGGCACCCGGGCUUAAAAACCUCAGCAUGCACAUGAUUUGGAUAGACAAGAAGGUUCAUUUACAAUUUAGUUACAGGAUUGCAUAACCUAUUCAUAAGUGCUUUUAAACCAGUGUACCAUGUAGUUUGAAACCGCUAAACUGUUUAUCUUAUAGGCACGAUUGAUCGAGUCGUGGUUAAUGAAAAAGACAUCAGCGAGAUUUCUCGCAGGAUUAAAGUCGGGAACCUUUAUCGUUUUGAUUCGGUGAUGGCUAUACCAGCAAGAGAGAAUCCUAGGAUUGUUGCAGGAGAGUUAAAGAUACACAUAACUCCCGAACAAAACAUCUCCAGAAUUGAAGAAGACCCAGAUGAGCCACGAUUACCCAUCGGCUGGGACAUUGGGAUGGCCUUUUUGAUAGUACCACUUCAGACAAAUACCAUUGACUAUCUUACAGGUACGCUUGACUAUCUCAGUUUCCCAUGCUAAAAUAAAUGUAAACUUUAAAAUGACAAACUCUUCUGUCAACCAUAGAUAUCACUGCAUGCGUCAGGCGUAUCAAUGUUCCUACAACAGUUCGGGGUACUCUCAAAGAAUUCCACAUGGUCAUACAGGAUGUGAGGUGCGUUCUAUAGAAUAAUAUACUACUUUAUCAAUUAUAUGAAUCAUCAACCUCACAUGCAUCUGCCACAAACAGUGGCGCUAAGGCAACUGUUCUGUAUCGAGGAUAUGACAUUUUGAAGUUCUUAGAGGAUGCGCUGACAGCCUAGGCUCACCUGCCCCUCAUUGUUAAAAUCAAAUAUGCUAUUCGAGUGUCGUCUCUAUCCAGCCAGAAAUAUAAGUAUCAUUUUGAAUCCACCCCUGCCACUGAGUUGAUAAUCAGAUCUUAUACAGGCACAUUCAAGGAAAUUAUGCACAUGUACACUCCUCUUUGAACAAGUGUUAUUCAUUCUUCCAUUCAUAUAUACUGCCAAUCAACCAGAACAAAGAUAACACUUUUUAUUAUUUUGCUACAACCAGCUUCCUUCAUAGCCGCAGGUAGGUUUACUACGCCAACAACAGUAAGAAAACAGACUGCCUUCGAUCAACAGUUGAAAAGAAAACACUCGCUGACAUCAAAGCUAUGCUUGCAUCUGAUCAGAGCUGCCACAAGGUUAGUUGGGACAAAAUGCUUCAUAAAUAGCUACAUCCCGCAAUUACAUUUUACAAACAAACAUAUCUAACUAAGAUGUACCAUUCAUAUUAGGUGCUUUACUGUGACAAGUUCCACAUAUCACAGUUGAAAUUUCGAAAAGGUAUCUGCAGAGCAUUUGAGGAAUGGCCAGAGUAAGUUCCUAUUUCAAUGUGAACAUCACAUCUAUUAUUUCCUAAUUUAUCCACAAAUAAGCUAACAUAACUUCUCGCUUAUAUUUAUGACUAGCUUGCACUAUCAGCUCGAAGUCAAGUGUGAACAAGGAUCUGAUGAUAUUGAUGCCAUACUAGACCAUGAGGCAACUCUCUCAAUAAUCGGAAUGUCACCAAACAAGUAUGUGAAACUCGAUGCGGAAGCGGCUAAGGCAUUGCUGAUCAAAAAAUGCAGCAGAAUGUUUGCAGGUGAGCUGUACAUCGGUUCCUCAGAUCUGAGGAACAGAACCGCACCAGCCAAACCUCACAUCAGAGUUUCAACACUUUGGCAUACCUCAAGAAUCGACAAGUGAUCGUCAACACCAAUGACAGAAAGAGUCCCUGAUGCGUGUUAUCUACCUCUAUUAUCCUCCUUCCUUAACUAAGUUUUCAUUCUCCAAGUCCAAUGAGGACAAAACAAUGUUUAAAUUUGAUUAGGCAGUUCGCUAGGACUUCUGGAUUUCACAAGGCUGUUAUGUACUAUCUUUUGUUUUUAUGCCUUGAUACACUAAAUCCCCAUCACAGUUUCGUGCACCCAACUAUAAUGUAUCUACAAUGCCAUCAUUCUUGGUUUGACAACAAUGAUGCUUGAUGAAGACAGCUAGGUCACACAAUCGAGCGGCCCCGUGUACGCUGAUAACAUAUAUUGACAUUUCUACGCGACAGAGCAUGGCCUAAGCUUAACAAUACCAUAGAAAAAACUCUAUCCAACAACUAUCUCAACCAUUUCCAGAUUACAUGCAUACAAAAAUAUAUCAUGAUCCAUGAAAUUACUCAAGCCAAACUUAUCCCGCCGCGGAGCGCGGGCUGAUUACUAGUAUAUUAUAUAAUGCAUACUUAAUACUUUGCACAACCACUAAAGAGCCAAGCGUUCUUUCUUUUUUGAACCCAUUAUCAUAAAGUUCAUUCAUAUGUUAUAUUUGUUCUUGUUGAAUGUAGGUAACAACAUAUAUCCUAAUUUAGAUAAAGCUCGUACAUUAUAUUGGAUGAAAACAUGAAAAGAAGGUCUUUUCAGCCUCUAAUAACUGCUAAAAGAAUAAGCAAUUCACAUAGACAUACUCAUACCCAAUUCAUUAUUGCCUCUAUAACAUUGGUAUAUAUUUCGUUAGGUGGCUACUUCUAAUGAUUGUAAGAUAAUUACAUUAGUUGUGUAAUUGUGUAAAAGGGUAAUUUGAUUGUUAUGUUUUAUUCAUUUUAAAUAUUAUGUAUUAAAUAAGAGUGUUUUUCUCGCGUAAUGAUAAUGUUAUGUUACAUAAUCUGAUUGACCAAAUAAUUAAACAAAUUAAACUUUAUUUUUGUUAAUUUGAUUGGUUUGAUGAGGAUAUUGUACUUCAUGGUUAAUAGAAAUUAAACCUACUUGGUUUAGUAGUUACUAUGAUAACCAUUUGAGUAACCCCUAAUAAAAGUGUUUGAUAAUUUCUGUACAUAUACGCUUUUGACUUAUAUAAAAAGAAUGUAUCUUUGUUCAUAAUUUUACGAAUGGUUGAUCAAUUCUCUUCAAACCAAAUUUAUUAAAUUUGCGAAGAUGUACCAUGGAGAGCAGUAAUUUUUUAAUAUGGAUAGUGUGAAAUAGUUGGAGAAAUUAUAAACAACUUAUAGGGCUAAAUUGCAAGUUUGGUCACUGGAAUUACUUAAAAAAUUCACGUUUGCCACUAAAAUUAAUUUAUUUCAUCGGUAGUCACUUAAAUUAAGUUAAUAGUUCAAGUUUGGUCACUGGCCGUUAGUCUCCGUUAACUUUUGCUGAUGUGGCGGUCAACUCUUAUAGUUGACCGUUAAAUUAGUGACGUGGCAAUUAAAAAAUUAAUAAAAUAAAAUAAUUUAAUUAUUUUAUUUUCCACCUAAUUAUUAUAAAAAUAAAAAAAUCAUAAUUCCUCUUUAAUUAUUAUUUUCCACUCACCAUUCCUCUCCCCUCCGGUCGACGACCUCUCUCGGCCGGCCAAGCCCCGCGCCAUCACCGUCUUGUCCACCGACGUGUACUGCUGCUCCAUGUUGUUGCUGCUUGCGUCGUUUAAGUUAAUAACCGUACGGAAAGGGAGUACCGGCGGCGUCAUUUGGGCCGGCGCGACAAUUUCCCGCUUGGUGGUGGAGUUGUAAUUAAUGUUUAUUAUUAUG